AUGCCGAUGACGAUCGCUGCUGUGAUGCAUCCGACGGCGAUGGCAGCUUGUUCUAAAUCUGUCAAACCGCCGUUCAGACUCGGCGGCGGACUCGGCGGUGGACUCGACUGCGGCGGCGGGCUCGGCUGCGGCGGGCUCGGCUGCGGCGGGCUCGGCUGCGGCGGGCUCGGCGGUGGCGGGCUCGGCGGCGGCGGAC